AUGCCCAGGUCGUUCCUUGUGGAUUCGCUCAUUGUGAGGGACUCAAACGAGAAAGCAUCCCCCGGGGUGUUUGAGAGUAACACACCUUUAUUACCUUACGCUGUACAUCCGUCUCAUUCUCUGGCUCUUUCUGCUGGAUCAUGCCAUUCUCGAAAGUCAGGCUUGCUCUGUGUCUGCCCUCUGUGCGUUACCGCCUCUCAGCUCCAUCCCGGACCACCUGGCAUCCCUUUCCUCAAGGCGCAGUUCCCUAACUUCAGCCCACAGUACUGUCACUCUGCGCUGAGCAGACAUCACAGAACCAGCACAGUAACUGUGGACCAUGGACCCAACAUCUAUUCAGCGGCUUAUCCCAUGACAGAUCCGGGACAGUUUCACUGUCUCUCCCUUGGUGACAGUUCCAGCCAGCUUCAGAGCAGCAAGAGGAUGCGCACGGCCUUCACCAGCACUCAGCUGCUGGAGCUGGAGAGGGAAUUCGCCUCCAAUAUGUACCUGUCCCGUCUUCGAAGGAUCGAAAUCGCCACUUACCUGAACCUGUCCGAGAAACAAGUGAAGAUCUGGUUUCAAAACCGGCGGGUCAAGCACAAAAAGGAGGGCAAAAGCGGCAGCGUACAGCGCACCCACCCUAACUGCAAGUGCAGCUCUCUGACAUCGGCCAAGUGCAGUGGGGAAGAAGAAGUGUUGCCCAUGUCGCCUUCCUCAUCCGGCAAAGACGACAGAGACUUGUCAGUCACCCCUUGA